ACCACCGGCAGCGGAGGGAAGAUGGCGCUCGAGGCACUGCGCUUGGGGCUGUUGCUCCUGCUCUGCUGGGACUCGGCAGCCUCUUUGAACUCUCAGUUUGCUCACCCUUCAGAAUACAGAACACCAAACUGCGAUCAGUAUAAAUUACCAGGAUGUCCCAGGGACUUUAACCCCGUGUGCGGAAGCGACAUGUCCACGUAUCCCAAUGAGUGUACUCUGUGCAUGAAAAUCAGGGAAGAUGGUCAUGAUAUUAAAAUAAUCCAAAGUGGACCAUGCUGAUGGAACAGUUCACGGAAGAGAAAUUGGAGAAACCACCUUUGACUGCACACUAAAUGAAUUUCAUCUUCCCUUUUUCUCUUUUCCUAUGUUACUUUGUGUGAAAUAUGUUAACCCACAUUUUCUGAGAUGAGGUGUGGAAGAGAGCCAUGGACUGUGACUAAUAAUUAAAACAAACAAACAAAAAUACUUGUUUCUUGGCUUUUGCCCCUUGAGUUAAGCUUAUUGCCCAGAUGACUUAGGUGCUGCUUUAUUUAGUUGGAAUAAAAUCAGCAUCGUAUUCAAUUA